AUGCAAAUGAGAAACUUAGAAAGACAAAUUGAGCAAUAUAAAGAAUCUAGACAACCAAAAAGACCACCACUUCCUAGUCAAUCUUUGUCUUCUGAAACUUCUCUUUCACCAACUUCAUAUGCCAAGAAAAGAAAAUCUGACAACCCAAUCACCAAAGCUUUUGAUAUACAAGCUCGAAACAACUUAGAUGCUGAGAUAGCAAGGAUGUUUUUUACUGGAGGAUUGCUUUUCAACCUUUGUCGAAACCCUUACUAUGUUAGUUCAUACAACUAUGCUGCCACAAAUAAUAUUCCUGGUUACAAUAAAAUGAGAACCACUUUGUUAGAUAGAGAGAAGGAAAAUGUUGAAAGGCUUUUAGAACCAACAAAGGCUACUUGGAGGGAAAAAGGGGUAAGUAUAGUGAGUGAUGGGUGGAGUGAUCCACAAAGGAGACCUUUAAUUAACCUCAUGGUGGCUUGUGAAGUUGGUCCUUUGUUCUUAAAGGCCGUUGAUUGCUCAGGAGAGGUAAAUGAUAAAGACUUUAUUGCUAAUUUGUUGAAUGAUGCCAUGGAAGAAGUUGGAGAUGACAAAUUUGUUGUACAAAUUCUCACCGAUAAUGCAAGCAAUUGCAAGGCCGCUGGAGAACUUAUAGAGGGUAGAUAUCCACAUAUAUUUUGGACACCAUGCAUUGUUCACACUCUUAACCUUGCUCUUAAAAACAUUUGUAAUGCUAAAAAUGUUUCAAACAAUGAGGAGGUUUAUGAUGAGUGUCAUUGGAUAACCAAAGUUCAUGGAGAUGCUUUAUUUGUCAAAAACUACAUAAUGAACCAUUCAAUGAGGUUAGCUAUAUUUAAUAAGUUCUCUCCAUUAAGACUUCUUUCUGUCGGUGAUACUCGCUUCGCUUUGGUAGUUGUCAUGCUAAAGAGGAUGAAACUUCUUAAACCAACUCUUCAAUCCAUGGUUGUUAGUGAGGCUUGGUCCACAUAUCGUGAUGAUCAUCGUGGACAAGCUACACUUGUGAGGGAAAAGAUUCUAAAUGACGAUUGGUGGGACAACGUUGAUUACAUCCUUGAUUUUACUCGUCCCAUUUAUGACAUGAUAAGAGCAUGUGACACCGACAAAGCAUCACUUCAUUUAGUAUAUGAAAAAUGGGAUUAA